UCACUCGUAUUCAAGAAUGUAAAAAUGUUUUACAAGAAUUUUGUUAUCUACCUUCAAAAGAUACACAAAUCUAUUAGAUUAUAGUAUAUUAUUUGAAUGUUGACUCAACUUUUCCCGUAGUACUGUUUCUUGCUUUUUUGUUUGGUAAAAACAAAAGUAUUAAUGAAAUUCCCACUAUAAAACAUAAUUAAAAAUAAUUAAUUCCAUAAAGUCAUAGAGUUGUAUCCUUUUAAAAACCCUCAACAUGUACUCUCUACCGAUUAACAAUAUCAACCAAAGGCAUAUACAGUAGUACUUUUAUCUCCCUCUUCCUCCCUAUUUUUGGCUAAUUAAUGUCUCUUGUUGCAUCUCUUUUAACUUCCUCCUAGAUUUCUGAAUUCCUGUCCUUAUCCAAGAAGUCAGGAAAGGGUACAAUAUUUUCCUGGGAAACCCUUUCUCGGCUUCUCGGAGCUAGCUCUCACCAUUAUCCUUUCUUCCUCCACGACCACACGCAGCCCUACAAAUUUAAAAGAGAUGGAUCCGACAGAGCUAAAACGUGUGUUCCAAAUGUUCGACAAGAAUGGCGACGGGACAAUCACGGGGAAAGAGCUGAGUGAGACACUGAAAAGCCUCGGGAUUUACAUCCCCGACAAGGAGUUGACUCAAAUGAUCGAGAAGAUCGACGUGAAUGGUGACGGGUGCGUGGACAUAGACGAGUUUGGUGAGCUUUACAAGACGAUAAUGGACGAGGAAGACGAAGAAGAAGAGGACAUGAAGGAAGCUUUCAAUGUGUUUGAUCAGAAUGGAGAUGGGUUUAUAACCGUGGAUGAAUUGAAGGCGGUUUUGUCUUCCUUGGGGCUCAAACAAGGUAAGACCUUGGAUGAUUGUAAGAAGAUGAUAAAGCAAGUGGAUGUUGAUGGUGAUGGUAGGGUUAACUACAACGAGUUUAGACAAAUGAUGAAAGGCGGUGGUUUUAGUUCUUUGUAGCUAAUUAAUAUGUUUUUUUUGUGGCAUUUUUUGUGUUUAUUGAAUCAUUGAUUUGAUUAUAUUGUUUUAGGAAUGAAAGGCACAAAAGGAAAAAAGAUCUUAUUAGUAAUUGACUUCAUUCUUGUUCUGUUUUCCU